UAUGGAUGCGUCAUCAUCACACCUUAUGAAUGUGAGACAUCGAAGAUAAGCAGGAAUACAACAACGCUGUAUCGUGCAAGUCACUUAGACAUAAGCCCAGACUUCAAUACAUUUCUAUAUAAAUAAAUUGGCGUAAUAUGGAUCUGCCGUCGCCUUUUUCCCAAAAAGGCAACAUUUCCCUACUUUCUUGCUCUCAAAUUGGUGAUGAAUCAGCAAUGGAGAAUACCAGUUGGACAUCAAUAGCUUUGCGGAAUCCGUUGAUUCUCGACCAAAUUCUGGCCCAACUUGAUAUCACAGAAUUGAAGAAGGCGCGCCUUGUUUGUCGAAGCUGGAGAGAGAUUGGGGGCAGUUUGCUAGGAAAACGGACCAUGCUCUGCAUCAGCAAGCUUUUCUACUACGACGGGUGCAAGUUGUGCGUCACCCCCGUGGCUUCAAAUUUAAUGCGUCGAAUCACCAUCCCCACUCACCAUAAAUUCGACGACUCCAUUCCCACCAGAAAGAAGCCUAACGUCAUUAUUAAAGUGUUCAAAGACCUCGCCCACCAGUUGCAAUUUACUCGCGAAAUUAUUUUUCACGUCCACCAGAGGAAAUCCGAGAACGCCUUUAUCACAGGGUUGAGGAGGAACCUGAAGAAUAUCCAACACAUUAGUCUACAAGUUGGUUGGGACAGGUACAAACCUAGUCCUUCCAGUGGAGUGUCUCCAGCCUAUACCAAAAAUCUGGCUGUUCUAACUAAACUGACCUCAAUUAAUUUUGUACUUGGCGAGAUCAUAGAUACAUACCCGGCACAUUCCCUCCUUCAAUUUUUGAUAGACUCGGCACCUAAUUUGAAAUAUUUAAAAGGCCGCUCGUGGUUAUACCCGAGUUUGGAAAGAUGCAAGAAUUUGAAAAUGCUUCAUUUUCAAAACACAGUUCCUUCCACUUCUCCAACUGAUGUCAAUUUGAUAGGUGCGAUCAAAAUGUUGGGGCAUGUGAAGGAUUCCCUAAUCGAGAUGGUAUUAUUAUGCCCCAAUGGCCGUGAUACAGUUGUCGACAUGUCACAGCUGAAUCAGAGUCUGGACCUUCCAGUAAUGUCAAAACUUACCUCUCUCUCGAUUCGACCAGCAGCUGAGUUUAUGUUUCACGACUUUUUUAACGAGGACUACCUCCCAGUACUUACAACAGUACUUCUCCAAGUGAAACAUACGUCAGACAGGUUGAAUGUGUCGGCUUACCUUAACUUGUGGAAAGGACAUCGUGGAAUCAAAUAUUUCAGGUUAGAACUUGAAGAAGAAUGGCAGAAUGUAGGUGCCAAUGUAAUCGGGCGGAAGAUAGUCCGAGUAUUUCCAUCAGUCACGAAAUUCGACCUAAGGGCAUGGCUCGGUGAGGACAUUGUUAUCCAAGCGAUAGAACAAAUGAUGACACCCUACCAAAAGUGGGAGCUGGAGGAUGUUAGCGUUACCGGUGACCAUGUUACAAAAUCCUCCGUGUUGGUUGCAGUCCUGAAAAACGUAGUGCGUUGGAAAGGUGCUAAACAUGUCCACUUCGAGGACACUCUUGUCCAGCAGCGUGAAUUUUCUCUCCACAUUCACGAGCUAAUCUCAAACAGUGAAGGAUGUACAGGAGUGAAAAUCUGCGGCGGAUAUAAUCGUUCGGUGCAGGAAAUGCUACAACUACUUGGGCCAAUAUUUGAAGGUAGCGGAACUCCAAUUCGUAUGUACGGGGAGUGUGGAUCCCACACUGGGCGGACACCGUGUUUAUUGAAAUCAUUAUUAUGAUUCCAAUGAAGAGAGGCAAUGCGACAAAAUUCAGUUUUGACACCAUACUAAAUUAUUAGUUUUUGCGGUGUUCUGGAAAUCUGCGAGAAAAUAAUUUCAAAAUUUAUUUUUUAUUUUUUUUUAAUUCAAUCGGAAACAUGAAUCUUGUUUUACCUGAAGCUAGCUCGGUAUGGGGUACAUAUUAAUGUGGCUUAUUCCAGUUUUGAUUUGCCUUGGACCAAAACACUUGUCAUUUUAUAUACUAAUACGUAAAUUAGCACAGCUUGCGAAUAAUCAGCUUCUUUGUUAGGGAACUAACAAGGUAACAGCUGGAACGGACUGGAAAUUGUGUUUAAUGCUGGGCUGAUACGCAUAUUCUAGCAAGGCAUCAAUUUGUUGUCAACAACGUCAACAAAACAAACAUACAAAAGAACAUAUUUUUCCAACGAACUGCGACACGAUUCUAUGUCAUAUCCGUAUAACAGUUGGAUCCAUCAAUUCAGGGCGAUAAAGCUACAGCAAGAUCAGUAACAUAAUAAAUAUUUGUAAAUUGAAUUAUUUAUUUAGCGAAUUUUUGAUUUAUGGAUAUAUCUGCAAUAAAAUUUGUUGAAAAAA